AUGUCCCUUUCUUCUAGCGUGGCUCCUAGUGUACCCGUAAUCGACCUCACACAUCUAUUCCCUCUACACCUCACACAAUCGGGCUCAGGGGGACACAUCGACCAUUGCCAUGGACCGGUCCUCCCUAUGGCUAUCACCCGCCGCACUGUGCUUGUGGGACGGCCCAACGGAACCUCUACGGUCCGAUUCUCAACAGACGGUGGUCUCCCAGACUUCGAAUUUGAAAUAUCUCCUAAGAUUUUAGAACCCACUCACGCCAAGGCAACGCCGUUCUGGUCCAACUAUAUCAUCGGUGUGUUUGCGCAGUUUCCCCGUAACAUUCAAGGACUCGAUGUGGUGGUGCACUCUGACAUCCCAAUGGGUGGGGGGUUGUCCUCAUCGGCUGCGCUCGAAGUAGCAACGUACACGCUACUGGAAGCACUGACGGGCGAUACCAGCCGUACUGCGGUGGAUAAGGCGCUGCAGUGCAUGAAGGCCGAGAACGAUUGGGCCAAUGUUCCGUGCGGCUGUAUGGAUCAGACAUGCUCAACUAUGGGUCAAGCAGGCACACUCCUCCUGGUCGACUGCCUAACCAUGGGUAUCACCCGCAUCCCUCUCUACCACGGUGUCUGUUUCCUAGUGGCCGAUUCGGGACACAAACACAAAUUAGAAGGGUCUGAAUUCAAGAACAGGAAAGACCAGGCGGCCGAUGUCAAGGCAAUCGUGCGGAAGACAUUCCCAGAUGUCCAGUCGCAUCAAGAUAUCACACCCGAAAUGCUGGAAGCAGUGAGAAAAGAUAUGCCUGACACAACGUAUCGUAUCGGUGUCCAUGUACUCACUGAGGUGUGUGGUCCGGUUGUCUUCGAUAGACAACACACUUUCAGUGCGUGAGUCACAAUCCCAUCUGAAGCAAGGGAACUCCUGUUGUUUUGCAGGUUAUGUAAGGCUACUCGCAUGAUUUACAAGUACGUUGAGAUUAAGCGUGUGCACAGAUUUGCUGAGAUUAUGGUUGAGAUUGAAACUGAGUGCAGCGCAGCCGACUCCGACACCCAUACCAGCGAUACCAUUGAAGCGAAACUCCGCCAAGCUGGGCAAUUGAUGUUUGAAGCGCACAACUCUUCAGCUAAUAACUACUGCGUAUCCACACCAGAACUGAACGAAUUAAUCGAAAUAGCAAGAAAGGUGCCUGGUGUAUACGGAUCUCGGCUUACUGGUGGUGGAUUUGGAGGCUGCACUGUGAACAUGGUGGACAAAAACUGCGUUGGCGCAUUGGAGAAAGCCAUACGCGAGCAGUACAGUGGUAAUGCUACAGUCUUUACCACAGAGGCAGGCGAAGGGGCUAAGGUUGAGCAAUUUCCAAGUAAAAGUCGAUAAAAUUUUGAUUCGAACACAAGCGGCUGGGAGGGUUUCUCAACCUUUAACCAGUAAACAAUGCAAAUUGUACUAUUAUGCGUAUUCUAGUUGACAUAUAUGAUGUCAAUCGGCGCAGUCUUGCUGUCCUUUUUUAUCUCAGUAU